AUGGGAAACUAUACGUUAGCAUAUCUACAGAAUAGCAAUAUACCGAUAAACUGUUCGGUGUACUCAUUGACCAAUGGUACCAUCAAACUACUAGAACAUUAUAGUCAGACAUGGAACAAUGAUUCAAGCUUGCACGAGAUUCUACCUGCCUAUUACAUUACAAACUGCUCGAUACUGAAGUUGAUUGAACUAGUGACGCAGGAAAAGUCUAAUCUGCUGUUUGAAGAUCUACUGGAUUUGAACCAGAGCCCGUAUAAUCAAAAGGAUAACGGAGAUACGUUUGUUGCUUUGCUUUUCGCCUUGUGUGGCUCAUGUGUUCUGUGCUGGAUGUUGAGUUUGCUUUUGUACUUGAAUCCCAAGCAUAAGCGUAAGCCCUGCUGGCUAGUCAAAACAUGGUUAGUGUUGGUGCCAUAUUUGCUUGAAGUUAUUUUGCUUACUGUUAUUUGGGAAUGGGUUUUUAAUAUUUGGAUAUUGGAGAAAAGAUUUGAGUUAAUGAAUGUAUUGGGUAGAAGGAUUAGUUGUGAGGAUGUAAUUGAUUUUAGGGACGAGGAGUCAGGCAAGCGCCAGACUAACAACAGAUUCACUGGUUGGAUCAUGAAUAGGGCCGCCCAGAAGAAAUGUGAGAUUGAGGAGAGGUCGGAAGAGAGUUUGAAAGAUUUCACGCUGGAUGAGCAAACAGACGACUGGGAGUCGCUUUCACGUGUGAUGGAAGAGAGAGAAGGGCAAGGGUUUGAAAGUGAAAAUGACACGGCGGAUGAUUACGAGUCGUGGAUACAGGAAGAGGAUGACGAAGAGGACUGGCGAGAAAGAGGAACUCGUUGUAGCACAGAGUCCAAUUGA